AUGGGAAUGAAAAAGAUUCCGAAAAUUCUCCGGGAAAACAUUAACAAGCGCUCCGCCGUUCCGUACCGCGCUUCCGCGGCGGAGUUUCCCUUUCGCCUCCUAAACAAGCACUCGCGCAACAGCCCUAUGCUAAUCCAUCGUACACUCGCCCUUUUUUCCGGGGCCGAGGGGGGGUGGGGGGGGAUGCAAUUAAAAAGCCGCGCGUGCGUGGGGGACGCGAUUAGGACGGAGACGGAGAACGGAAUGAAUUGGCGCGGAAUCGAUGAGCGUCUGGACCCCCGAUGUGAUUACCGCUCCCGAUCUGUUGUUUUAUCCUUUUAUUUCCCGCCGCUCGAUUCGCCCCGCUGCAGCAUCCGAAAGGAUCGGAGACUGGGAAAAGGGCGUUGCAGAGCCGAGCCGCGGCUCGAGCGCCUCACCAGCUACGGCCUGCAGGGCGCCGAGCCCGCG